AUUGCAUAUGACACAGUUAUGGCAAGCCAUACAUAACAGUUAUUUUUUCAAACACACCGUGAACGGACGUUUCGAAACUGUGGCAUAAUGUGGCUUCUGCAAAAGCUUGUGAUUUUGUUCACUCUCGGUUAUGUUUGCGCAAACGAAUUGAAAAUCGCAUUUUGGAUUGACCCACUACAGGCGGACAUCGAGUUGGAUGUCGCAAGUACGCUGAAAGAAAUUGAAGCUUUGCAAUUGGAGACGAAGAUACAGUAUUACGUUGUCGUUAUAACGAAUGUUGGUAAAAAGAAACAGGAAAAGAAUAUGGAAAAACUUUGUGAACACCUCGCAACGGACGGCGUAUCGGUAGUUAUCGACUUUACCUACCACAUAUGGCGUGAAGGAUUGGAUCUACUUAGAACAUAUCAAAUACCUUUCCUACGAGUGGAUCGUAUGUUGGCACCGUAUUUUAAAAUGUUUUCAGAAUUUGUGUUGCAAAAGUCGGGACACGAAUGUAUUAUGAUCUUUCAGAAUGCUAGGGACACUGAGGAAGCUAUAAUACAAAUCGUCGAAGGCUAUCCCUUCCGCAGUUUGAUAAUGAAUGCAUUUGAUAAUAAACAAGAUUUUAUAAAGCGCCUACGAAAAAUCCGACCUAUGCCUUCGUGUUAUGCAAUAUUUGCGGACGGCACAGCGAUGAACAGCAUUUUUGAUCGGAUUUCAAAGGCCAACUUCUUUGAACGACCACGUGAAUGGCAUUUCGUUUAUUUGGAUCCACGAGAUCGUGUCUUCAAAUUUAAGAAGCAAGUGGAUUAUGCAACGAAAUUUACGCUCAAUCCGAAGACACUAUGCAGGGCACUAAGGAUGAAGGACACAUACUGCCUCAGUGGCUUCUCGUUUCAGCGCGCAAUGAUUUUGGAAAUCUUACGCGGCUUAAUCGAACUGAAACAAGCCAAUUUGAAUUGGUUGCAGUCUUUUGUAAUGGAGUGCAAUGCCACAAGCCCUAUUGAGAACGGAACAGCGGGUUUGGAUAUUUUGGAACAAUUUCCGAUGAGUGAGUUUUUGGACCUUACAACCGAUGUCACUUUCCCCAACGACGAAUUCGAACACGUGCCACGCCUCACUUAUACACCGACGAUCAGCAUAAAUCUCUACUCCAGCGAACACGAUGCUGUGACCGAGUUGGCCAUUUGGCAAAAUGAUAAUCUGCGCAAAAUAAAUGAGACCAUCAGUCCGCCGCGAAGAUUUUUUCGCAUAGGUACUGUGGAGGCCAUACCAUGGAAUUACAUGAAACGUGACCCGAAAACUGAUGAACUAAUACUCGACUCUUUUGGCAACCCGAUUUGGGAGGGUUUCUGCAUUGACUCUAUACAAAAGCUGUCGGAGCGUUUAAAUUUCGGCUACAUGCUGGUGCCACCGACUUCCGGUGAGUUUGGUCGUCGCGAUGUUGUUAACGAUGUCUGGGAUGGCAUUGUGGGCGAUCUGGUUACUGGUGAGACGGACUUUGCUGUUACCGCGCUGAAAAUGUACUCAGAACGUGAGGAAGUUAUUGACUACAUAGCGCCGUAUUUUGAGCAAACUGGCAUUUCCAUUGUAAUGCGUAAACCGGUGCGACAGACAUCACUUUUCAAAUUCAUGACCGUGUUGCGGGUGGAAGUGUGGUUUAGCAUAAUUGCGGCGUUGGUGGGUAGCGCACUUAUGAUUUGGUUGCUUGAUAAGUAUUCACCCUACAGCUAUAGAAAUAAUCGUGCGGCCUAUCAGUAUCCUUGUCGCGAAUUCACGCUGCGUGAGAGUUUCUGGUUCGCCUUGACCUCGUUUACGCCGCAGGGUGGUGGUGAAGCACCAAAAGCCGUCUCUGGACGUAUAAUGGUCGCCGCAUAUUGGCUGUUUGUGGUUUUGAUGUUGGCCACUUUCACAGCUAACUUAGCAGCUUUUCUGACCGUGGAACGCAUGCAGACCCCGGUACAAUCUUUGGAACAGUUGGCACGUCAGUCCAGGAUCAACUACACAGUCGUUGAAGGCUCAAGCACACAUCAAUAUUUCAUUAACAUGAAAUUUGCCGAGGAUACGCUGUACCGCAUGUGGAAAGAGCUGACAUUGAAUGUGACGGAAGAUUUUCAAAGAUACAGAAUUUGGGAUUAUCCCAUAAAGGAACAAUAUGGUACAAUAUUACUGGCGAUAAAUGGUUCCGAACCGGUAAAGAAUGCUAAAGAAGGCUUCCGCAAGGUUAACGAACAUGAAAAUGCCGACUUUGCCUUCAUACACGAUUCGUCCGAAAUCAAAUACGAAUUGACGCGCAACUGUAAUCUGACCGAAGUUGGCGAAGUAUUCGCGGAGCAACCCUAUGCAAUUGCAAUACAACAAGGCUCACAUUUCGCGGACGAACUAAGCUAUGCGUUGCUGGAACUGCAAAAGGAUCGCUUCUUCGAGGAUCUUAAAGCGAAAUAUUGGAAUAUGUCGCGCAUUAAGGCCUGUUCGGUUAAUGAAGAGCAAGAAGGCAUAUCACUGGAAAGUUUGGGUGGUGUUUUUAUCGCCACACUCUUUGGCUUGGGCUUGGCCAUGGUCACUUUGGUAUUGGAAAUAAUCUACUAUCGACGAAAAUACAGUACAAUGCAACGCUUCAGCGAAAUCACAAAAGUGAAACCCGCCUCUGGUACGUCCAUCAAACAAUUGUUGCCGAAAAAGAAAUCAAAGAAACGUAUCGCUGUUUGGCAUACGAGCACAUCAAAGCGUGAUAACUCACCGGAACACAAAACGCCGCCACCGGCUUUUGAUGCCGUUAAAUUUCGAGGCAAAAAGGUGCCACCCAACAUCACAUUAGGCGGCCAAGUGUUCAAGCCGGGGCGAGCGGGCCAGCGUCAGCUAAGUGAAAGCUUGGAUAGUGCAGAGUAUAGAAACGAGGGUAUACCAAAUAGGGAUGAUGAAUUGCCGCCUUACACAGAAUGAAUUGGAUGUGAGGUUGCAGUCAAUGAUUAACAAUAAAUUAUUUCAAAUAAUCUAUAGUAGUUAUA